AUGACCGGAGCCUCGCAGGUCGUCGCCAGCGCCACCAGCAGCAAGUCCUCCUCCGCCUUCUUCCGCGGCAUCCAGCCCACGCCCGUGGGCUCGCCGGGCGCCGCGGCGCGCAAGAUCCUGCAGAGCCGCGCGCCGAGCAAGCCCCAGGACUGCAGCAGCAGCAGAAGCAGCAACCAGCAGCUCGAGCCGCUGCCCGACGAGGCGCAGGGGCUCAAGGACCUGCUGCUGUCCGCGCCCUCGCAGCAGCAGCGCUCGCGCUUCAGCUUCCUCAAGCUCAAGCGCGUGGUGGUGCCCCCCGUCAAGAUCCCGCCCGAGCUCGACACGCCCAACGCCGUGAGCAACAUCGUGGCCGGCAGCAAGAUCCCCAUGACCAAGGCCAUGUGGAUGCGCCGCCGCGCGCGCAUGAUGCGGCGCGUGCCCGGCCGCAUCGACGAGCGGGUCGCGUGGUAG